AUGAUCGACGACCGCGAGGCAAUCGUUUACGAUACCUAUGACAACAAAAGCUUCGUCGACAACGAAACUUUUCUGUACAAUAUAUCCUCGAACGAGGAUUACAUAUUCGACAGGACCGGUGUAAAGGUGAUCUUUAUUACGCUCUACACCAUCGUCUUCGUCUCAUGUUUUUUCGGGAAUCUGAUGGUGAUCUUCGUGGUGAGUUUCUCCCGUCGUCUGCGCAGCAUCACGAACUUCUUUCUGGCGAAUUUGGCGGUAGCCGACUUCUGCGUCGGUAUAUUCUGCGUGUACCAAACGCUUACGAAUUAUUUAACGAACAGCUGGCAGCUAGGUGACUUCCUUUGCAAAGUUUACAUGUUCGUUCACGCGCUCUCGUACGCGGCCAGCGUGCUGAUAUUGGUGGUGGUAUGCGUGGAGCGUUACUUGGCCAUCGUUCAUCCAAUCAAGUGCAGAUCGGUGCUGACGAGAAGUCGCCUGCGGCUCGUCGUCGGUCUGGUCUGGUUGAUCGCCGCCAUUUACGCCUCGCCGAGGUUUUUGUACGUCGAAACGAUGAAAAACCGGCUGAUCACGGGCGACAUAGACAUUAUUUGUCUAGCCAAUAUCAAGAAGCACAACAAAAACGUUCUCGACCUGGUGAAUCUCAUUUUUCUUUACAUCGUUCCCCUCGUGCUGAUGUCUUGCCUGUACUCGAGGAUCGCCAUCGGUUUAUGGAGAAGCGGCACCACCCUCGGCGGACCAGGCCUGACAGCCGGGACCAGCAGAAACGUUCUUCGAUCCAGACGGGGCGUCAUAAGAAUGUUGAUCGCCGUGGUGACGAUGUUCGCCGUCUGCAAUUUACCGCAACAAGCACGAAUCGUCUGGCGUCGUUGGGGCUCGAAUUACGAUCGGACGUCGGACUUCAGCACUCUCCUGACUUUAUCGACGUUCCUAAUCUCAUACACGAAUUCCUGCCUGAAUCCUCUGCUCUACGCUUUCCUGUCCCGUAACUUUCAGAAGGGAAUGAGGGAACUUUUAGCCUGCAAGGGAUCUAGAGGGCACACCGUCAGCCUGGCAAUGGGCUGCACCGGAGGAGACACAGCCACGCGACACGAUCACUGCGCGAACACGCAUCAUCCCCAGAGCUCGUUGGUCCGAUCGAGCUCGAUACAAGAUAGCCCACGACCAACGAGAACCAUCACCAGACCAGACCAGACCACUCGCGUGAACGUUACUUGA